GCAAGCGAUAUAUCGAUAGCCGCACGGUAGGGUCCGAUAGAUAACAAUGUUUAGAGAAUUUUUGGUAAAUAUGUGAUGAUUUUGAACGACGCACAAGAAACGAGGAACUAAACGAGACGAAAACCGAGAGGUCAGCGCCAGGAGGCCCCCGGAGAGGUCGCGCGGAGGACCACGUCAACGCUAGGCGCUUUUCGAAGCCAGAGGACAGAGCCCCAAAGCAAACACCCACCCGCACACACAGAAUGUAUUGCCUACAAUGCCUGUUACCCGUACUGCUGAUACCGAAGCCCACGAAUCCGGCCCUGAUGGAGACCCACGUGAUGUUCAUAGUGCUCUACCUGGUGGGGUUCUUCCUGGAGCGCAAGCCCUGCACCAUCUGCAGCCUGGUGUUCCUCACAGCCAUCUCGCUGAUAUGCUACAGCGGCGUCGGCAACUGCAUCUUCUGGGGCAACUGCGAGGGCCACCAGUGUGAGAAUGGCUAGAAGAUCAUCUCUCGCGUGCCCCCGCAAACCAGAGGAAGCCCUUAGUCAUAGUCAACGAAGAUACGAAGAAGUGCUAAUAAUAACUACCUUAUUAUGGAAUUACGUUCGCGUUGUUACAGCUUUACAUCCUAGAGAACUACGAGAAUAUGGGAGAAUCAGCAGAGCAGGCGGAGAGCGACGAUCAGAGGAUAGCUUGACUAAAUCGGUGAAAUCAGUGAUACAAGUGAUGAGUGAGUCCGACCAGGAACAAAGAUUGUAUGUUAGAUCCCCUGUAUUAUUUCCAGCUCCGUAUUCGUUUCCUUCAUAAUGCUUUUGGUUAUGAAACGUAAUCGUGUGCAGUCCAGCGUGUGUGUUUUGUUUUAAGGCUUAGACGAAUUUAGUUUUAACGGGAUGGAGCGCUACGGCAACGUAUUGUACAUCACCCACCCAGAAACCCCUGCCCCCAAAGUCAAGAAUCGAGAAUCACAUCCCCGUCUAAUACGAUUUCCAAUGCAACCUACGAUUUAGUCAUAACGUACUAUACGACAUGUAAUUGUAAAGAUUAAGCGAAACCACUGCGCAUCCUUGCUGAGCCAACGGACGCGGCUGACAUCGGUUGUUUUACCCUGUCUUGUGCACGUGCAAAACCUGUAUAUACAGCAUAAACUUACACUGAUCAAAAUAUAUAUUAUACACAUAAACUAAACGAGAGACAAGCACAAAUGUAAAAACGAGGAAAGGCGGGAGACAUAACAUAUACAAAUAAUAUUGUUCGAUUUUGCGAAUUUGUAUGAUUUGAGCGGUAUCCAAAGGAGGGAAGGGAGAGGAGACGUAUUAAAUAAAUUAACUGAUGCUAAUGUU